AUUGUUGCACUAACUCCAGUGCUGGAGUCUCAGGACACCACAGGCUACGCGGAGUUGUUCUGCUUUAGAGAUCCGAGGGCAGGAGCAUCACGCUAGUGACUCUGAUAGGUGCGAUCGCCGGAUUGGAACAGAACUGUCAUUUUUUCCGAAGUUGAGCCUUAGUGACCCAGUGAGUGAAGUUAGCGACGGGACGCUAAGCAGCUAGACCGGUCGGCAGGAGUGAGACUUAGGUGCCUUCUAGUAGUUGUGAUUAAAGAAUUGAAAAAAAGAAAAAAACCCUGUUUCUGGGAACUCGAGGCCCUCAGCUGGUGAGCCAUCGUGCUUAGCUUCUUUGUGUGGCUCCUGGAGUCUUCGAUCCCAGCCGGACACCCGGGCCUGGUUUCAAAGCGGUCGGACUGCGCUGCCUGCUCCAUCGGUAGCGCUCGAGCCUCGGUUUCUCUAUUUGGCCCCGACUAGCCGCAGCAGGAUGAUCGCCUCGCAUAUGAUCGCCUGCUUAUUCACGGAGCUCAACCAAAACCAAGUGCAGAAGGUUGACCAGUAUCUCUACCACAUGCGUCUCUCAGAUGAGACCCUUCUGGAGAUUUCUAGGCGGUUCCGGAAGGAGAUGGAGAAGGGGCUAGGAGCUACUACGCACCCUACAGCAGCUGUGAAGAUGCUGCCCACCUUUGUGAGGUCAACUCCAGAUGGGACAGAACAUGGCGAGUUCCUGGCUCUGGACCUUGGAGGAACCAACUUUCGUGUGCUCCGAGUAAGGGUGACAGACAAUGGUCUCCAGAGGGUGGAGAUGGAGAACCAGAUCUACGCCAUUCCCGAGGACAUCAUGCGGGGCAGUGGAACCCAGCUGUUUGACCACAUUGCCGAAUGCCUGGCCAACUUCAUGGACAAGCUACAGAUCAAAGAGAAGAAGCUCCCGCUGGGCUUCACCUUCUCGUUCCCCUGCCACCAGACGAAACUGGAUGAGAGUUUCUUGGUCUCAUGGACUAAGGGGUUCAAGUCCAGUGGUGUGGAAGGCAGAGAUGUGGUGGAUCUGAUCCGGAAGGCCAUCCAGCGCAGAGGGGACUUUGACAUUGACAUUGUGGCUGUGGUGAAUGACACGGUUGGGACCAUGAUGACGUGUGGUUAUGAUGAUCAGAACUGCGAGAUUGGUCUCAUUGUGGGUACUGGCAGUAAUGCCUGCUACAUGGAGGAGAUGCGUCACAUUGACAUGGUGGAGGGCGACGAGGGACGGAUGUGCAUCAACAUGGAGUGGGGGGCCUUUGGGGACGACGGUACACUCAAUGACAUCCGAACUGAGUUUGACCGAGAGAUCGACAUGGGCUCACUGAACCCCGGGAAGCAGCUGUUUGAGAAGAUGAUCAGCGGGAUGUACAUGGGGGAGUUGGUCAGGCUCAUCCUGGUGAAGAUGGCCAAGGCUGAGCUGCUGUUCCAAGGGAAACUCAGCCCAGAGCUCCUUACCACUGGCUCCUUCGAGACCAAAGAUGUCUCGGAUAUUGAAGACGAUAAGGACGGAAUCCAGAAGGCCUACCAGAUCCUGGUGCGCCUGGGUCUGAGCCCGCUGCAGGAGGACUGUGUGGCCACGCACCGAAUCUGCCAGAUUGUGUCCACGCGCUCGGCCAGUCUGUGUGCAGCCACCCUGGCCGCAGUGCUGUGGCGGAUCAAAGAGAACAAGGGCGAGGAGCGACUCCGCUCCACCAUCGGCGUGGAUGGCUCUGUCUACAAGAAACAUCCCCAUUUUGCCAAGCGUCUCCAUAAGGCAGUGAGGAGGCUGGUGCCCGAUUGUGAUGUCCGCUUCCUCCGCUCUGAGGAUGGCAGCGGCAAGGGGGCGGCUAUGGUGACGGCGGUGGCUUACCGUCUGGCUGACCAACACCGGGCCCGCCAGAAGACCCUGGAGUCUCUGAAGCUGAGCCAUGAACAGCUGCUGGAGGUUAAGAGAAGGAUGAAGGUGGAAAUGGAGCAGGGUCUGAGCAAGGAGACGCACGAGGCCGCCCCUGUGAAGAUGCUGCCCACUUAUGUGUGUGCCACUCCAGACGGUACAGAGAAAGGAGACUUCCUGGCCUUGGAUCUUGGAGGAACAAACUUCCGGGUCCUGCUGGUGCGCGUGCGUAAUGGCAAGCGAAGGGGCGUAGAGAUGCAUAACAAGAUCUACUCCAUCCCGCAGGAGGUCAUGCAUGGCACUGGAGAAGAGCUUUUCGACCACAUUGUCCAGUGCAUCGCGGACUUCCUUGAAUACAUGGGCAUGAAGGGCGUGUCCCUACCUUUGGGUUUCACCUUCUCCUUCCCUUGCCAGCAGAACAGCCUGGACCAGAGCAUCCUCCUCAAGUGGACAAAGGGAUUCAAGGCAUCUGGCUGCGAGGGCGAGGAUGUGGUCACCUUGCUGAAGGAAGCCAUUCACCGGCGAGAGGAGUUCGACCUGGAUGUGGUGGCCGUGGUGAAUGACACAGUUGGGACUAUGAUGACUUGUGGCUAUGAAGACCCUCACUGUGAAGUUGGCCUCAUUGUUGGCACUGGAAGCAAUGCCUGCUACAUGGAGGAGAUGCGUAAUGUGGAGUUGGUGGACGGAGAGGAGGGACGGAUGUGUGUCAACAUGGAGUGGGGAGCGUUCGGGGACAACGGCUGCCUGGAUGACCUGCGCACAGUGUUUGAUGUCGCUGUGGACGAGCUCUCUCUCAACCCUGGCAAACAGAGGUUUGAGAAGAUGAUCAGCGGCAUGUACUUGGGCGAGAUUGUGCGCAACAUCCUCAUCGAUUUCACAAAGCGGGGGCUGCUCUUCCGGGGCCGCAUCUCAGAGCGCCUCAAGACAAGGGGAAUCUUUGAAACUAAGUUCCUGUCUCAGAUCGAGAGUGACUGCCUGGCCCUGCUACAGGUCCGAGCCAUCCUGCGCCACCUAGGGCUGGAGAGCACGUGUGACGACAGCAUCAUUGUGAAGGAGGUGUGCACUGUGGUCGCCCGGCGUGCGGCCCAGCUCUGUGGCGCAGGCAUGGCUGCCGUGGUGGACAAGAUAAGAGAGAACCGCGGACUGGACAAUCUCAAAGUGACGGUGGGCGUGGACGGGACACUGUACAAGCUUCAUCCUCACUUUGCCAAAGUCAUGCAUGAGACGGUGAGAGAUCUGGCUCCGAAAUGUGACGUGUCCUUCCUGGAAUCCGAGGAUGGCAGUGGGAAGGGAGCAGCUCUCAUCACUGCUGUGGCCUGCCGCAUCCGGGAGGCCGGGCAGAGAUAGAACCUUGGAGCAGACAGGACUUCACUGUUUCCUCACUUCCCUGUUUUAAAUUAUGAGGAGAUGGACCUUUUGGCAUUUCCUUGGCAGAGAGGACCCUGAGAGACUGGAACUUUUGUCCUGAUAUUCACUGUAGAGUUUGAUAUCCAAUCCUUGGCCUUCCUGAGAAUCAGAAGUAAGGAAUUGUUCACAAGUUGUUCCUGCUGGUCACCUCCUGGCAUGUUCCCUCCCCCAUUCUACUUCCUGUACAGUCCUAUGGGAUGGGGACAGUCUUGAGAAUAUGAUUGCCUCAUCUUGGAGCUGAAUGUGACAUUUGUAGGUGGAGAACAUCUUGAAAUGUUGAUGCUUCUGUCAUCAGAUCAGGCAUUGGGAGGGAGGGAGGAGGGAGGAGGAGGAGAGGUAUGGAAUGUCCCCUGCCCUACAUGGCUGUCCCUCUUCAGCUCAACCUGUAGGCAUCACCCUGCUGGUUCUAAACAUUUGCUGUUCUGGAAUAGAGGAAUCCAAACCAAAGCUAGACUUGACACCCCCUUCAAGUGUCUGUGGCUUUACCUCACACGGCUGAACGUGUCAUUCAUGAGCAACAGACCUUGGGGCUAGGGGUGGCUUUGGUAGCUUUUCAAUUUCUUAUCUUUUCUUUCUUUUUUUUUUUAAUUUAUGUUUGAAAUUUAUUUAGUUUGAAGCAGGUCCUCUCCUUCAUUGUGUAAUGGUUAAUUGUGUAAGUAAUGUAUUUAUAUGUUCCUUUGUUCUGUAUAUAGCUGGCCAGGGUCUCCUCUGACUCGGCCUCGUGAGUAGAUAGAUCAUUGUAGUUCAGGAUAUGAGGUGGAGACACUGACUGGCUCUAGAAAUACCUCAUUCACCCUUGGGAAGAAGAGAGAUGUGGAAUCUCUUGUUGAGUAAUGGGCAGAGCGCCACCAGCCUCCCCGCUUCACCUUCCUCUGCUCUGUGAGGUGUAUGCAAGGCAGGGAUGGAGACUGAGGGUGGUCCGCUGAGCAAAAGAAGCCACAACACCUGGCUGCUCGGUCCAGAAGCUUCCCUGAGUGAGGUCUCACCCGGGAUGUUAGCCAAAGAAAACUAAAGGAUUUGUUCCAAGUUCCCACUGCAUAGAAGAUGUGAUGUGUAGGUCAGUCAGCGUUUCAGAAUGGUUUGACAAGUUACAGGAAGCCACUGAAAAUGUUUUUAAAGUCACAUCUGAUUGUCGGAGCAGACCACAUGAAGCAUUGAGAGAACUCGACCAAACCUCAGGGGCGUCUCGGGGUGUUUGUACAUUUAUUUGCCCUCCUAGCAGAUCCCACCUCCUGUAUGUCUCGUGUUUUACACGAGAUGCACGCUGUCUGUCUGCUUCCUUGGACUGAGCUGCAUCGAGCUGCCGACUCGCCUUUUUAUACUUGUUAUUUAUUCCAGACUGUUUGAAGAACGGAAAGACACCAGUGUCCUGUUCUCUGCUCUACCAACACGGUUCACUCUGAAUUCAAAAGUUCACUUCUCCCUUCAAAAUAUUAAAUUGACCACCAAUGUUAAACCUGGAUAGGUAGGAAUAAAGAGGAAACAGCCUUGUAACACUAAUAAACAAGAUACGGGGGUCAAAAGAGAAAGACCAAGAGAAAACUCAGCAUCGUGGCAGCCACAUUUUGAACAUCUUUCAGACUUGUGCUGAGCAGAGCCUAGUUACAACCGAACAAGCUGGUGUACAGUGAAAUGAAGGCUGCCCAGGUCCUCCCAGGAUGCCCAGAGGGAAGGUCGAGUGAUAUCUGGCUGAUACUGCCUGUCUGGUGUAGCUCCCUCAACCUGCAGUUACCGAAGCAGACCACUGAAAGCCGAAACCACCUAUAGAUGUGUGCAGCACUAGAGAGUAGCCACCUAUAGAUGUGUGCAGCACUAGAGGGUAACCACGGAGUACAAUGGAUUCUGACUAAAUUUUAGAAUCUUGAAAUUUAAACUUUAAAAUGAAGCACCAUCUAGGAAAGGACUUUUUAAAAAAGUGUGUGUGUGUGUGUAAGUGUGUGUGUGUGUCUAACUUUUAAGGAAGUUGGCUUUCAAUCCAGAGCAUGAGACAGUGUGCUGUGUUCCUAGUACUAGGCUGGCUGCUGCUAGCACUAGGUUGACAGCCCUCUCUGCUAAUGCUGCUUUGUGUGAUCUUCAGUGAACCUUUGACUCAUCUCAUAUCCCUGGGCACUCGGUCUAGUGAGCGUUUUGUUAUCAUGUACAGUAGAGAACUAGUUGAAUUAACCAUGUGAUGUUAACUAUUAUUAAUAAAUUUUAACUUUUUUUUUUCAAAA